AUGAUGAGGGGGUUCAUUAAAGAGCCACCUGCGAUACACAUGAAGUGCCUGCUGAGGCCUAUGCACAUGAAAGACCGAAGGAAAGGGAGCAUACAUGCUCAAUCAGGCGGGCGGAUGUACACACCCCGCCUGCACGUGCCCGGUGUGUGCGUGUGUGCGUUUCUCUCUCCGCGAACGUCAAUGCAUGCUGGAAGCACCCUGUCAUGGGCGUUCUUUCCGUACUGCCGUUUCUCUCUGCACCUUCGCGUGUCGCACCUCUGUGGCGAGCGUUGCGCAUCGCUGCCGGGCUCAAUGCAGCACUCGUCUUUGUUGUGUCGACUGCACCCUCGACUGUUACCCGAAGCACGCCAAUCCUCUCAACCCUCUAUGCUCCCCCUUUCCCCCUCGCUUGCGCUCAUGUUUCGCAUCGCUAUGUGGCGUUGGUGUAUUUUUCUGCUCUCGUGUCUGUCGGUCCACGCACACGGGCAUGGUGUUGUGCGCCUCCCUCCCCCCCCCCCGAACGGCGCAUGUGCACGCACAACUACUCCAAUGCCCUAUCAACAUGCCUCCAUGCACCCCGAGAGAAAAAGGAUGGAUGAGGAUUUCCUUUCAUGCUUAAGAAGAGUUACAGUGGGAUAUCAUUCGAUGCUGAAGCAUACGUAUCGCGUCUUGGUGGUCUUCAAUCAAGGCUUCCCGGCUCUGCAGCGCUUCGCUCAACAGAAGUUUUUGCCGUCGAAUCCACUGUCGUCCUCCUGUCUGUGGCUGGACGAGGCAGACUUCCUUGAAGUGAAAGCGAGGGCGUCUUUCUACAAUGUGCCGAAUCCCCUUCGCAUUGAUCCCUACGCUCAUCACCCAUUCCUGUCCCGCUACGCCCCUGAGCAGGUGAGGAGGGAGGCUGCAGGGCAGUGGAAGAAGGGUAGGCAGAAGGCCAAAGGUGCUACACACACUGCGCACAAGGACGCGGCCGCGACAAGGCCGGUGGCAGCGCACGGCGCACGCCCGCAAGCGACAAACACUACCGAAGCCGAGGCUCCUGAUCAUCUGCGCACCGCAGCGGAGGAUGAGGCGGCCGGACACGGCGCAGCCUCCGAACCCGUGCUGACGGGCUGCAAUUCCGGUGCCGGCCCUCAAAACAGCAUGGAGGAGGCGACGCUGCCGCGCCGCUGUCGAGGGAGACCGCCGGGGCGUACAGCCGCAGCUGCGCAGCCGGCAAUGCAGGCGCAGAUAGCGGAACAGGUACCGCACUACCAGGUUCCCAUCUGCACAGUUACCUUGACGAAGCCGCUUUAUCUCUUCAACAUGGAUCAGAUGUACUUGGCGGAGGAGGGCACCGCGGUGCCGCCACUGGCUGCUCGUUGCCUCGGCAGAGACAUGAUGGGCGCAUACGAUCACGAGCGCGACAGGGCUCUCGCUGCGUGGCCGCCGCGGAACAUGAGCUUUGCCGGCGGUGACGGGCCGCUGGCACUCGCAGCGAACCCACAGCGACCUUGGGAUGAGCCGACUCCCAUGCUCGGUGAAGCGGCCUCGCUCACGUGGUCUCGGGAGCAUCGCAUCGCGGAAGGUGUCCGGGAGCUGCAGGGGCGUUUUCCAAACUCUGCCAGCGAUCAUCUCUGCCCUCAAGGGUGCCGGCAUAUGUACUCGAUUAGCACGCGCCAUCCGUACUCUUUACCGCUCCAGCACACCCUCAGCAUUCUUGCCCAUCGACAUGGGUAUCGCUCGCAGUGGUGGGGCACCCUAAAACAGUGGUCGAGCAUCGGCGUCUUACCGCAACCUGGACAGAACGAACACAUCUUGCCGAUUUCAGUUCCGUCCAAAAUUGUGCACAUAUCGCUCAUCGAAGAUGCCGCGACAGUGAUGCAGAGGUGCAUUAUUCUUGCAAAGCAUCGCAAACUCAUAUAUAUGUUCGCUGCCGCGGCCCCAGUCGGCCUCCCGGAGAGCGACGUCGACGCCAUGGGAGCGCAUGCGCUGACCCGUGCGCAGCAGCCGACGAGCUUUCUACCCCACCCGGGCGAUGCAAGACACCACGGCAGUCACCCAGAUGGGCUUUCGAGGAUUUUCACGAGCGCGCUGGAGGACAUGCGAGUCAAUAAACGGUCGCUGCCUGUGUACUUUACGUUGCGGCAGCUCCGCAUGUUGAAGCUGAAGCUCCGCCCCGAUGCAGUAGGGCUUCGGCCAACGGCGGCGGGGGCGGCCGAAGUGCUCCACAUCCGUGACGGCGCUGAGGCUGUUGGGGUCUGGGAUGGCGAGGUGAGCGCGGCUGAUGGAGAGGCGGCAACAGCCGCGACUGCACCGAUGGCUACUGUGAGUGUUGACGCAGCAUCGACAGAACCUCGGGGUGGAAUGGCUCUGUCGUGUUGUGAUGCGACGAUCGCCACUAUACAGAGCACGACGACGCCUGCGCAGGCCUCUGCUGGGAUGCUCGAGUACUGGUACCACCUAUCGCAGGUGUACUUCCCCGAUUCGUAUCUCGUGCCAUCCGUCGUGCUGACGGCGGAGUUUGAAAACCCUGGUGUGCCGCUGAAUGGGGUGAACGGCCAACGCCUACCGUACACGACCCUGCUCUACGAGUCGUUAGUCAAUCAGCACCCCGAAGUUGCAGCGGUCGUGAGGCGCGCUUCCGCUGCGGACGUGGAACGUGGCACUGACGACGCGGGUUUGAAGGUGUCCCGGAAGUCGGCGGAGCACCGAAGUUGUGUAGAUGCUCAGGGAGCGGUGCCAGCGCAGCAGGGCCUGGGUAGGAACCAGGAUAUAGCGCCGCCCUGUGCUUCUGCCGCCGCUCACACCUUUGGCUCCUCAGAGGUCGAGGUGGACGAGGAAGACCUUGCGAUUGCGCGGUUCGUCGCAACCCACUCCUCGCCUAAGCACACGCAGGGGCGGUCCUUGUGGUACCAGGCUCAGGACGUGCUCGCCGCGGGUGGGGUGGUGGACGUGAACUCCGCUCCCGUCGAGGUGAUGAAGAAGCCGGCUGCGCUCUGGAUGGGAGUGACGGAAGCUGGCGGCUCCGGGAUCCUGGAGGGCGGCAGUUUAGACAAAUUACCGGGCAAUAUGUUCUGCAACGUGGAGUGCUUGACGAAUCCGGAUGAGGCUCUUCGCCUGAUUUCCGUGCCCUUCGACCCCAUGUGA